AUGGCCGUUUGGGAACAAAUCAAUGUCUCCAAGGCACAUGUAGCGUACGCCUGCGUUGGUGUAUUCUCAUCUGUUUUUUCUUUGGUUUCAUUGUUCGUUAAAGAGAAACUGUACAUAGGUGAAUCCAUGGUAGCGGCGUUAUUUGGUUUAAUUGUGGGCCCAGUUUGUUUAGAUUGGUUUAAUCCGUUAAAAUGGGGGAAUUCUGACGAUAUAACGCUGGAAAUUACUCGUAUUGUAUUAUGUUUACAAAUUUUUGCUGUAGCAGUCGAGUUACCUAGAAAAUAUAUGUUAAAGCACUGGCUUUCUGUUACCAUGUUACUGAUACCAGUCAUGACCACCGGAUGGCUAAUUAUCGGGCUGUUUAUUUGGAUUAUUAUACCAGGUUUGAACUUUUCCGAUAGUUUGUUAGUUUCAGCCUGUAUAACGGCUACAGAUCCUAUCCUGGCUCAAUCUGUCGUGUCAGGUAAAUUUGCUCAGAGGGUGCCGGGUCAUUUAAGGAAUUUGCUUUCUGCUGAAUCCGGCUGUAAUGAUGGUAUGGCAUUUCCCUUUUUGUAUCUUUCAAUGAAUUUAAUUAUCCACUGGGGUAAUGCGGGUGAGAUUGUUAAGGACUGGAUCUGUGUUACAUUACUUUAUGAAUGUGUCUUUGGUUGUAUAUUAGGUGUCUUCAUUGGGUAUGUCGGCAAGAGAGCAAUUAAAUUUGCAGAAGAAAAAAAUAUCAUAGAUAGAGAAUCAUUCUUAGCGUUUUAUGUGGUGUUAUCCUUUUGCUGUGCUGGAUUUGGUUCCAUUCUUGGUGUUGACGAUUUAUUAGUUUCAUUCGCUGCGGGCGCUACUUUUGCUUGGGAUGGUUGGUUUUCAAAUAAAACUGAGGAGAGCAAAGUCUCCACUGUCAUUGACUUAUUAUUAAACUAUGCUUAUUUCGUUUAUUUCGGCGCAAUUAUCCCAUGGUCUCAAUUUAAUAAUGGGGCAAUUGGUUGUAACGUGUGGAGACUAAUCGUUUUGGCAAUUAUUGUGAUCUUCUUACGUAGAAUACCGGCGGUUUUGUUAUUAAAACCAGUCAUUCCAGAUAUUAAAUCUUGGAGAGAAGCAAUAUUCGUAGGCCAUUUUGGUCCUAUUGGUGUAGGUGCUGUUUUUGCUGCCAUUCUGGCAAGAUCAGAGUUAGAAGCCACUGUCAGUGAUCUUCCAACUCCUUUGAAAGAACUUCCUUCGCCAGGUACAAAGCAUUACCAGUUGAUCGCAUGUGUUUGGCCCAUGGUUUGUUUCUUCAUUAUCACUUCUAUCAUUGUUCAUGGGUCAUCCGUGGCAAUUAUCACUUUAGGUCGUCAUUUGAAUACUAUAACUUUAACAAAGACUUUCACCACACGUACUACUACGGGUGGUGGUGGAAAAACUUCAUGGUUACAAAGAUUACCAUCCUUGGAUAAAUCGGGACGUUCAUUCUCCUUACAAAGAGUUGAUACGAAUGCAUCAUCGAUUAAUACUGAAAAUAAAGAUAUUAGUAUGUCAAGAUCUAGUACUAUAGAAACAAGUGGUGUUCCAGUAAGACAUGCAGGUGGUAUGACUAGAAGAAAGAAAAAGAGUAAGCAAAGAAAGGGAAUAAAAAAAAUAAGGAACCAUGUAAGAUCAAGAAGUCGUAAUUUCUUCGAAUAUGAUGAUGAAUUAAACGAUCUGGGUAGAGAAAGACUACAACGUGAGAAGGAAGCACGUGCUGCCACUUUUGCAUUGAGUUCUUCGAAUAGACCGGGAGAGAGUGAGGUCACUGAAGAAGAAAUUCCGCCUCAUGUUCCAGAAGAAGCUAGUGUUGAAGAAUUACCUUCUUAUCCAAUGUUUGAUUCAGAAACAGAGGAAGUUGGAAUAAGAGACGUUCAACAUGAAGGAUCUUCCCCUUCAGAGCAAAAUUCCAGUGAAUCUGCAGAGCGUGAUUAUUACGAUUUAGAGAAGCAACAGAAAAAUUCAAACAAGGGUUCUGAUGAUACUUCUCUAACUUCUUUGGAAGAACAAAGACAUAAAGAAAUACAGAAUGAGGAGAAUGAAGGUAGGGUAGUAUACCAAGAGGGUGAUCAGAUAAUAGUUGAAAAUAAACACGGAGAAGUUAUUGACCAUGCACAUUUAGCUCGUGAACCGAAGGAUGAGGAAGAAGAAAUUGGAGAUAGUCAUUCUGAAAGUAUAGAUAUUUAUUCCGGUGAUGAACAAAUUACAAGAAGCGGUGAAUCUUCUCUAAAUGGGCUUAAGAGGAUAUUAACACCAACGUCUGUUUCCAGAGUUCACUCUUUAAUUGAAGGUAAAAUCCUUCCAAAAAAGAAAGUUCGUGAAGAAUUUAAAAGGGUUGACAGCAGCAGGCCCAAGAGAAAGGCGAAAUAUCAUGCUUAUAAAAUGAAUAAUGAAUUGAUAAUUGAAAAUGAGGAUGGUGAAGUUAUAAGAAGAUACAAGAUUAAUCAACAUGGUAAGAAGACUACCGGUGAUCAAACCGAUGGUGCUGAUAAUAUUGUUAAUAAAGCAUUGGCCGCGAUUGGUCUAAGAAGUCAUUCUGAUUCCACUGCAACUCAACGUAGUUCCACUAGUAGUCAGCAUAGUAAUGAUGGUAUUUCAAGGACGAAAUUAGGCGGAAGUUCUGGUAUUCGAAGGCCCCCAACACCUGUCUAUAAUAUAGAAAAUGCUGAAUACACAGAUGAUGAGACUGAAAAUGAAGAGCCAAGCGAUAGUGAAGACCCUGAUAAUUAUCCUGACGAAGAUGAAUCUUACAGCGGCUCUAGUGAAGAGGAGGAGCCAGAAACCGAGUUUGAAAGACGGAGAAGGUUGCAGGCACUGGGUCAGUUGAGUUCUCCCAAAGAUGAUGCUGAUGAAGAACAAUCACCAAUUAACAAUAACAGACAAAGAAGUGAUAGCACUGCGCAAAAGAUGAAGAAUGCAUUAAAUAAAACAUUCAAUUUCAAAUCAAAUCGAAAAAAAUAA